AUGACACGGGAAAAUGUCAUAGUCAGAGAGAAUAACAAGAAAAAUGACAUGGAUAAUAUCCUAUCGAACUUAAAUUCUCCUACGUCAAAUUUACAUCGUUGGUUGUUGGGCCUUCCAGCUAGAUGCUUCCCCAUAUUUACCAAGCACGUGAAGCUUACUUCCGCAAUAUAUGAGUGCUUGGGAAUAAACAUCAUGAGAAUCACGUUAAAUAUAGUUUAUGUCUAUCCUGUGCUGAUUAUCGAUUUAUUAAAAACUUUUCCUCCUUCCCUAAGCGUGGGUAUUGAAGCCUGCAAAGCAUUUCAAGCUUUGUUUAUUAUUGAUGAAAGUUACAACAAGUGGAUUCUUGUGAGUUUACCACUAUCAGCUUUAUGUUUAAAGAAAAGUCGAUUUAGCUAA